GCCACUGCUCCCGAUAAGAAAAGAAGCGUUGUGAAGGACAAGGCAGCACGCAAAGCCCCACACCACGGCACAACCUCCCUUCCAGGGCUACCGUAACUGAGUCACGUCUGCUACGACAUGACAGCACAGAAGAAAAUAUAUAUACAUAUAGACACCGUUGAAAAUACUGUACACACCAAGUAUCUCCCCAAUUCAGGUACACCUCGUCCCCAUGUCCGCCUUCAGCCUGCGCAACGAAGAGCGAGGAGGUCGAAACACCCACGUAGCCGUCGGUCUUCCUUCGCUUCUUCGCCUUCUCUUCGCGGUGCUCCUCUGCCCCGCCGUACUGCCGUGCCACGCGUACGUGUACACAACCACAUUGACCGCCUCGCAGUACCCCGCCACCUACGCCGCAGCGCACCCGUCAGCCCUGCCCAUUCGCGGCCUCUACGACGCGUGUGUCGCCGCCACGGACACGAACGCCUCGAGCUUCAACCGCGGUGCGCUUGUCUUCUACAGCGACAACUUAACCACCCUGCUGGCGGCGGCGGUGCCGUCGGGUCGGGUAUACCUCGGCGGCUUUUAUGUGCCGGAGAUGGGCGCCUACGAUGGCUGGUGUUGGGAUGAUGGGCGCUCCACAACAUGCCCCGGGCUCUUCUGCACCGGUGCGGCGUGCACUCGAGUGCCGACUAGCACCGUGCCGCUUCGCUGGGCCGCCGGCUAUCCAAAAGUGGGCGCUGACGGCACCGUGGGACGUCUCAUGUACAUGGUGUACGACGCGUCCUUGCACGGGUGGGUCAACGUGGAUGGCACGGCGGCCCUCGACGGUGUUGCGUGUCAGAGCGACGACUCGAUGUACGCCGCGCCGAAGAAGAAGAAAAGGUUUCCGUGGUGGGCGAUCCUCAUCAUCGUCCUCGGCUGCGUCGCCGUCGUCGCGGUGGUGCUCACGGUGGUGCUGUGCUGCUGCUGCAAGAAGAAGCAGCGCUACACGGACGACAACGAGGACGGGGAGAGCGCCCUGAGCAGCCGUAGCGGCUCCUUCCGCACCCAGAGUACAAGCUUCGCGGGCUCCAGUCGCACGGGCAGCUUCUCGAGGUCCAGCUCCUUCUCCUCGCGUGGCUCGAGCUUCUCGGGUGCGAGCAAGAGCUCCAGCGUGACCGGCAGCACCGCCACCUCCUCCGUGGGUAGCGCGUCGCUCUCGUCAUCGGCCGCCUCUCGCAGUCGCAGGAGCUUCUCGCCGGGGUCCUCCGUGUCAAGUUAUCCUUCGCGGGGCUCGUCGACGGCGGGCUCGUUCUCACGCGCCUCCAGCAGCAGUGGCAGCUCACACAGCUGA